UUUUUUCGUGAGAAAGAGUCUUAAACGCUGACAAAUGUCAACAAAUAGCGAAAACUAUAAUUUCUAUAUGUUUGCUUUGCUCGAAAUCACGUGCAUUUACAAGGCCCUAUAGCGUUUUGCUGACUUGCAAGGACCCCUCUGUUAUAACGAUGCCUAAAAUAAAGAGAUGAAUCUCAUAGUUUAUUAGAUAUAAUCCGUGUAAAGUUUGCUUAUCAUUUUCGCAUAAAUUAUGACCUAAAUUUGGAAACCGCUGAAUUUCUUGAAUUGGGUCUUUGCGAUUUUGGUGAAACUCUGUUCAGCGCAAGGCACUAUUGCGCGCUAUGUGUAGGCGAGAGAUUUUCACGAAAAAAUGCCUGCAACAGCAGAUUUUCGACUCAGACCUCAAAGGGGCGUGGCAUUAUAACCACGUGACAUUUACUCCGAUCGCCAAGAAUUUUAUGUUAUAUUGUAGAUUGAUCUAUAUGUUAUCCAUUCUAUGUGUUAGACUUACGAUAAAAGUAAAGGUGGGGAUACCAGAGAGCUUUAAAGUAGGAUGGUACCCCCCCAAAAAAACUGGGUCGAGUCACCUUAAGUGUACAGCGUGUCUACUCUAUGUGUUAGGAUGCCUUUUAAAAACUGGCUUCUUCAUUUUUUAGUUGUAUUAAAUAUAAUUGUGUAGGCUUUGUGGUGGCUGAGUGGCCAACACUUACUUACAACAUUUUUGUUUUCUUCUCAGCAAAGCCCACAACAAGAUGAAACCAGUUGCAGUAGUAAUGGUAUACAUGAAAAUGGAAAAAGCAGAAUAACAUCUCCGCUUGAAGAAAAUGUGGACAGUAAUAUAAUAUGUGGAGAGGAAAUACGGGACAAUGAAGAGAACAGAGAACUUGAACAAAAAUCAGAGGACUGUAGUAAUGCUAAACAUUCAAAGAAACAUAAGAAAGGUGAAAAAACGAAGGACAAUGAUAUACAUGAAAUAGGAUCAGAAUUCAAAGAAAGGAAAAAUAAAAAGGGUUUGAAAAAAAAUACAGAGGUAGAUGGACUGAAAGAAAAUAAAAAGCAAAAGAAAAAGAGAAGAAGGGAAGAUGAAGAAUUAGGUAGGUAUUAAAGUUUGUAUUUGUACAAUUUAUUUGUCACAGAUGUUGUAUUUUGCCUGUGCAGAUAGGCCUUGUAGCCCUAUCCCACAGACAGUUGUUGAAAACCACAACAUCUGUUUUCCAACUCAAAGCACCUCUCAACCCUGUUAUGAUGACUUAACUUAGGACACCUAUGAUCACCUCAAAGAGGAUGAUUUCAAGCAAGUUAACAGGUCUGAGCAGGGAAAGGAAUUAAGGUGUAAUAGUAUUUUCAAUACAUGUGAAUUCCCCUCAAACAUUGUCUUUCCAUCAGGUAAGUUAAGAACUGAAUUCACUAGUAGCCUGAUAGUUAAAUAUCCAUUAGCCUUGGGCUAUCUGACACUACAUGUCCUUUCUUUGAACGCUAGGGACCACAAAAAAGUGAUGGUGUUAACAAGGCAGUGUUUUAUGCUAGAGCAGAAAGAGUGAGGUGUUUUUGCAAGUCAGGGUUCUGCAUUAACAGUGCUUAAAUCCUCAAGUGAAGUCGAAUACCAUUACUAAAAACCAAUCUACUGUAUGAUCUCAAUAGGCUAUUUAAGGAAGUCUGGAUUAUCUGGACUUCUCCCCUAGAUUAUCCACCAAUAGUCUGUUCUGGGCAUUCAGAUUUAAUGGCAUGUGGAAUGAGUCAGAGAGCAGGAAAAAAAUAGGUAGGAAGAUGGAGAAAGAAGAUGCUCUCACUACCUACUUUACAUUUUACCCCUCACUGUUUUUCCUGCUUACAUUUCUUUACACCAUCCUCACAAUAAGAAUCCUCGGAAAAGGCUUGUCCACUGAUUACAUUAAAUUUUACUUGGUUGUUUGAUUGCAAAUCACAGAUGAACCCUACACACAGGCCAAAGUUUCAAAAGUUGAAACAGAAGAUGCCAAAGAACAGCCUUGUAAGUAUUUUGAUUCAUUUUUGCUUCCCCUGGCACCAAAUUGGGUGAAGUUGUCUUUUAUUGAUAAGGAUUUUUAAAGCAAAACACAAUUACCAUGACCUUCAUGCAGCCCUUUUUUUGUGUUUAGAGAGGAUACUCUGAAAGUCUCAUGGGAGAGCUUGAAACUCUACAAAGUCUCAAAGAACCUCGAAACUCCGCAAAGAGUUCCGAGAUUCCACUCGAAGCUUGAAACUCCUUCCUGCUCAAAAGGAAGAGGAGAAUGCAUGGCGUAAUUUUGACAUAAAUGUAUCUCCUUCACACUUCAACCUUACUUCUGCCCUUGAAGUGGAGGACAAAUACAAAACUAAAAUGGAACAGAAACUUAGAGAGUGUUAUGAAAAAAAAAAAUUGCCAGAAUUGUUAAACAUAAUUACCAGCAGAUUUUUUUGUGUAUUUGAGAAGCAAAAAGAAAUCCAACAAAACAGUAUCGUGCUUGCGAAAAGCUAAUGGUCAAUCUACUACUUGUCCUAAAAUAUAUAUAUAAAAAGUUAUAUAUAUUUUUUUGGAUUAUGUGUUUGUAGGUAUUAAUAAAUAAUUUGAUGGCAUUUACCAGUAUUUCUUGUUUUGUUGUUUGUUCAGAUCAGUUCAAGUGGAAGUCGGUGAUAAAGGCAGUGUUAAGACAAGCUCCAGAUCAGGAGUUACCCGUCAAAAGAUUGAGGAAAAAGGUACACCCUUAUGAGUAACCAAAAUCAAAAUAUUAGGAAUUUCAUGAUUAUUAUAACACACUGCAUUUGUAAGGAUAUUGCUCAUGUGAUUGGUCAUACAGGCUGUCACUUUUACAAGGUGGCAAGUCAAUAGAUUUUAACCUUAUGUUACUAUUGAUGACGACGAAGGUAAACUAUUGCUGGGUUUCAAACUUUGAAGGGCAGAGAUUUUCCAAACCUAGGGUUUGUCCCCAAUUAUUGCUACUGCAUCUCUUGUUAAAUUUUGCUAGCCUGUGAAUCCAGCCACAUCUCCUUGCCCCUCCCUACGAGGGACGUCCCUGGCAGCAAGGAGUAAAGGUGAUGUUACACGAAACGAUUCGCAACGACGAUUUUUACUGCAACUCAGCAUUGCGACAUUGUUUCGGAUGGUGACAACAUUGUUCCAGCAUUGCAAUGCUGUGUUGCGCUAAAAAUCGUCGUUGCGAAUCGUCUCGUGUAGCAUUACCUUAAGGAGAGAUGGCUGUAUUCAGAGGCUAAUAAUCUCGUAUAGACCUGAUACACCUAUAACUGAUUUGAGUUGAAGAGUGUUUGCUAGGCCAAAAUUAACUGGAUCAAAGAAAAAAGGUAACAAACCAAGAGGUCUGUUAGCCUGCGAAAACAGCCGUUUAUCCUUUCUCCUUGCUGCUGAGGACGUUUCUCAAGGAGGAACGUCUGCGACUUAGCGACAGAAAUUCCAUACUGAUGACGUAAAAUCUGUCCGGAAUCCGGUCAUGAGCGCUGAUUGGAUGACAGAGUAGUUACAUUGUUUUAAGUAUACAAAAGGCUGCAAAGGUCAAAAGGUAAAUGCGAUGAAUCUAUAACAAAACAGUGAAUAUUUGUGGAGUAUAUUCUUCUCUAGGAGAAGUAUUUGAGUUUUGCGGGAGCUCGUUCACAGGUGAACACAACACUGUACCAAAAUCGACCAGGAGAAACGUAUAAUUGAACAAACAUUGGAACCCCUUGACUACUGCAUUUACAUGUAUUAUGUAAACGUUGAUUUACGUCAUCAGUAUGGAAUUUCUGUCGCUGAAUCGCAGAUGUUCCUCCUCGCGAAACUUCCCAGCGGCGAGGAGCGAGGAGCAAGGAGAGAGGAGAAACGGCUGUUUUCGCAGGCUAGACGUCUGUCUGUCUACUUGACUGUGAAUGUCUAGGCCCUUGUCCCUGCUAUGAUGACUUAACUUAGGACACCUAUGAUCACCUUACAAAGGAUGAUUUCAAACAAGUUAACAGAUCUGAGCAGGGAAAAGUAGACAUUUAAUAUGUAAAUUAUGCUUUAGCACAUUUCUAAACACUGUUUUGGAUUUUUUUUAGGUUCUGGCAGAAUUUCAAGCAAAAGGAACAAAUGAGAAAAAUCUGACCGACAACGAGUUGCGAGCUUUGUUUCAGAAGAAAGUUUCAAGCAAUCCAAAAUUUAAAGUUCACAAGGAUAGAGUUAGACUUGUCACGUAA